AUGAUUAGCAGAAAAAGACUUUUUUCCAAUAUUGCAGAAAGUUUCAGAUUUUCAAAUGAGAAAGAUGAUAUGGUGACUUUUACCAUCAGACCUAGUGAGAACCAGAGCCAUUCCACCAGCCCUGCCUGGAUUCCAAUGGAAGUAGUUAACAAUGUCACUGAGUUUAUAUUCCUGGGACUGUCCCAAGAUCCUAGAAUGCAGCUCAUGUUCUUUGCCCUGUUUCUUGUCUUCUACAUAGUGAUUAUGGUGGGAAAUCUGCUCAUCUUGCUUACUGUCUUCUCCGACCCCCGGCUCCACACACCAAUGUAUUUCUUCCUUAGUAACCUGUCCUUUGUGGACAUUGCCUACUCCUCAGCCACAGCACCCAAGAUGAUUGCAGACUUCAUCUCUGAGAAAAAGACGAUUUCCUACUGGGGCUGUGUAACACAGAUGUUCACCUUCCACUUCUUUGGUUGUGCUGAGAUUUUUGUUUUGACUGUCAUGGCUUUUGACCGUUAUGCCGCCAUCUGCCACCCACUCCGUUAUACUACCAUCAUGAGUGCCAAUGUAUGUUCUGUGCUGGCAUCACUGUCCUGGUUGGGGGCUUUGGGGCAUUCCUUUGUUCAGACCGUCCUGACCUUUCAGCUGCCCUUCUGCAAUGCCCAAAUCAUUGACCACUACUUUUGUGAUGUCCACCCAGUCUUAAAACUUGCCUGUGCAGAUACAAGCCUGGUAAACAUGUUGGUGAUUGCCAACAGUGGUCUCAUCUCCCUGGGAUGUUUCCUCAUUCUUUUGGCCUCUUACACAGUCAUUUUAUUCAGUCUUCGGAAGCGGUCCGCAGAGAGCCGGCGCAAGGCUCUCUCUACCUGCGGAUCUCAUCUGACUGUAGUGAUUUUCUUCUUUGUCCCUUGUAUUUUUAUUUAUCUCCGUCCAUCUACUACCUUCCCAUUGGAUAAGGCUGUGUCUGUGUUCUAUACUACCAUCACCCCCAUGCUAAACCCACUCAUCUAUACUCUGAGAAAUGAGGACGUAAAGAAUGCCAUGAAGAGGCUAUGGAGUCGUAAGAUCUCCUUAAAGGAAAAACAGAAAGGCUAG